CGGGCCGUUUAGAUGCGAACGCGGCCACGGACGACACAUCUCGUGCUCCGUAAUUUUACCUAAAAUACUAUAUUUUUCUUUACAAUAAUGUGAUAUUAACUGUACAGUGACACACGCAGUGGACGCAGUGCGAGUAACGUACAUAGUGGAUUGUGUGACUAAUUAAAACGAGCAGGGCAUCCUGGGUGGAUCAUAUUUUAUUCAGCAUAUCUUCAAUGCGGGACCAGUUCCUUUACGAGACUGUUAUCCCGGAUGUUCCGACCAACCUGCAACCCGGUAUUAAAGCACAAGUGCAGUGCAUUUUUAAAAUGGGCAUCGCCCCCGGGACGGAUGUCCAAGCUUUUCAUUAUUUUAAAUUAUUCAGUGUUGUGCAGUGCUACAGAUGAUGACUACCGAUUUAAAUUGUUUAACGGAGCCUUCCAACGCAUGAAACGCGAAACACGUUCGAGCGUUAUGACUACACUGUGCCACAAACAUAACCAUCUAUUUCGCAUGCAAGUAAACGAUCCACCUCACGACGUUCAAAUAGAAACGAGGAUAAUGCCGUUGAAUAUAUUGAGGUGAAAGGUCUCCGCUGAAAAAGGUAUUUGUAAAAUAAAUUACGCACUGAAAAGUGAAACUAAUGAACUGAAUUCAUAUCAAUAGUGAGUGAGUAUAAUUUAAGAUACUGCAAAGACAAAGUUGCGUUUAAAAUUUAACUUUUUAAGUAUUUUUAUAUUAAAUUUUAAAUAUAUUCCUCUAUAAUACAAAA